GAAAUAGAUUAAGAGGCUGAAACUUUUAGAACAAGAAAAGGAUUUUCUGCUUCAAGGUUUGGAUGUUGUUGAAAGAGCCUGUAACUGGUAUUUACAGCAAAUUGCAAAUGUAAAUGAUAAGUUAGAGAGAGUCAGCAAGUGGGAUACAUCUCAUUCAGAAUAUUCCAUGGAUGCUCACCAUGAGAGGUUAAAUUUUCAAAUGACUAGGAUAUCAGAGGUCAACCAGUAUUUGAAUGCUUUAAUGGAAUCUUCAGAAAAAGGAUUUCCAAUUCAUAUGAAUCUGGCUGUACAUCAGCGAAAUAUUUAUGGAGAACAAAAAACAGCAACUCAGACAAUACAGCGUUUAAAAUCUCAGAACCAUGCUUUGACUGAGGAAAUAGCAAAAAAAAGUGAAAUGAUAACACAAUUAGAAGCGGAAAAAUCUGCACUUGUACGAGAACUGUUCCAUGCUCGUACUUACUCCAAGAAAGAACCAAAUGAUACUACAUUAUGGUAGUCAAGUGUUCACGUAUAUUUUUUGUAUAGUAUAAAUUUUAAUGUUUUAUUUUGUUUAAUAAAAUGUCUAUUUUAUUGUUU